AUGUCGAUGGCGCCGAAGCGGAAGCUCAGCAUGGGGCGGCAGAAGAUCGAGAUCCGGCGGAUCGAGAGCGAGGAGGCGCGCCAGGUCUGCUUCUCCAAGCGCCGGGCGGGGCUGUUCAAGAAGGUGAGCGAGCUGGCCGUGCUCUGCGGCGCCGAGGUGGCCGCCGUCGUCUUCUCCCCGGCCGGCAAGGCCUUCUCCUUCGGCCACCCCUCCGUCGAGGCCAUCCUCGACCGCUUCAUCCCCUCCGCCGCCGCGCAGGUCGGGGCGGCGGCGGGCCUCGGCGCCGCCGGCGACCGCAACCUCGCGGAGCUGAACCGGCAGUACGGCCAGCUGCGCGAGCAGCUGGAGGCGGAGAAGGCGCGGAAGGACCGCGCGGAGGAGGCCAUGGCGGAGGAGCGCGCCAAGGGCAGCCCGGCGGCGGCGUGGCUCGACGCCGACCUGCGCGACCUGGGGGAGGAGGAGCUCAUGGCCUUCGCCGCCGCGCUGGCGGACGUGCAGACCGCCGUCUCCGCGCGCGCCAACCAGGUGCUCCAGGAGGCGCUCGACGUCGGCCGCGCCAGGAGCGCCAGCCGCAUGCUCCUCGCACCCCCGCCGCCGCAGCAGCAGCUCGCGGGCGGUGGUGGCUUUGAGUUCGCGAACUCCAGGAAUGAGAUGGAGAUGCAGCAGAUGUUGAUGGCCAUGCCGCCACCGCCGGAGUUCGCCGCCACCGGAAUGGAGAUGGUGCAACAGGGGCUCGGGCAGAACGCCGGCUUCCCCUACUGA